CAAGGCUUCCUGGCCCCAACCCACUUCCCGCCUCCAGGGCGCCGCUUAAAGCGUGCGGAGCAGGUGCCUUGGGUGGAGCCACAACUUUGCGCGAGUGUCUUGGUUGAGCGCAGCGCCCAUUCAUUGCCCGCGAUCGUCCAUCCAUCUGUCCGGCCGGCGGUCCAGCGAAAGGGGCUCCAGGCCGGACGCAGCAGCCAACCGGGGGACCCAGGCCAGGAAAGGGGCCGAGACCGCGGCUGAACCUUGCGGGCCGGGGCAGGGGACUGUGGCCGCAGCCAUGCAGUCCUGUGCUAGGGUGUGGGGGCUGCGCCUGGGCCGCGGGGUCGGGGGCGGCCGCCUCCUGGCUGGGGGAUCGGGGCCGUGCUGGGCGCCGCGGGGCCGGGACAGCAGCAGUGGCGGCGGGGACAGUGCCGCGGCUGGGGCCUCGCGCCUGCUGGAGCGCCUUCUGCCCAGACACGACGACUUCGCUCGGAGACACAUCGGCCCUGGGGACAAAGACCAGAGAGAGAUGCUGCAGACCUUGGGGCUGGCGAGCAUUGAUGAAUUGAUCGAGAAGACGGUUCCUGCCAACAUCCGUUUGAAAAGACCCUUGAAAAUGGAAGACCCUGUUUGUGAAAAUGAAAUCCUUGCAACUCUGCAUGCCAUUUCAAGCAAAAACCAGAUCUGGAGAUCGUAUAUUGGCAUGGGCUAUUAUAACUGCUCAGUGCCACAGACGAUUUUGCGGAACUUACUGGAGAACUCAGGAUGGAUCACCCAGUAUACUCCAUACCAGCCUGAGGUGUCUCAGGGGAGGCUGGAGAGUUUACUCAACUACCAGACCAUGGUGUGUGACAUCACAGGCCUGGACAUGGCCAAUGCAUCCCUGCUGGAUGAGGGGACUGCAGCCGCAGAGGCGCUGCAGCUGUGCCACAGACACAACAAGAGGAGGAAGUUCUUUGUUGACCCCCGUUGCCACCCACAGACAAUAGCUGUUGUCCAGACUCGAGCCAAAUACACUGGAGUCCUCACUGAGCUGAAGUUACCCUGUGAAAUGGACUUCAGUGGAAAAGACGUCAGCGGAGUGUUGUUCCAGUACCCAGACACAGAGGGGAAGGUGGAAGACUUUACCGAACUCGUGGAGAGAGCUCAUCAGAGUGGGAGCCUGGCCUGCUGUGCUACUGACCUUUUAGCUCUGUGCAUCUUGAGGCCACCUGGAGAAUUUGGGGUAGACAUCGCCCUGGGCAGCUCACAGAGAUUUGGAGUGCCACUGGGCUAUGGGGGACCCCACGCAGCCUUUUUUGCUGUCCGAGAAAGCUUGGUGAGAAUGAUGCCUGGAAGAAUGGUGGGGGUGACAAGAGACACUACUGGGAAAGAAGUGUAUCGUCUUGCUCUUCAAACCAGGGAGCAACACAUCCGGAGAGACAAAGCUACCAGCAACAUCUGUACAGCUCAGGCCCUCUUGGCGAAUAUGGCUGCCAUGUUUGCAAUCUACCAUGGUUCCCAUGGGCUGGAGCAUAUUGCUAGGAGGGUACAUAAUGCCACUUUGAUUUUGUCGGAAGGUCUCAAGCGAGCAGGGCAUCAACUCCAGCAUGACCUGUUCUUUGAUACCUUGAAGAUUCAGUGUGGCUGCUCAGUGAAGGAGGUCUUGGGCAGGGCUGCUCAGCGGCAGAUCAAUUUUCGGCUCUUUGAGGAUGGCACGCUUGGUAUUUCUCUUGAUGAAACAGUCAAUGAAAAAGAUCUGGACGAUUUGUUGUGGAUCUUUGGUUGUGAGUCAUCGGCAGAACUGGUUGCUGAAAGCAUGGGAGAGGAGUGUAGAGGUAUUCCAGGUUCCAUGUUCAAGAGGACCAGCCCGUUCCUCACCCAUCAAGUGUUCAACAGUUACCACUCUGAAACAAAUAUUGUCCGGUAUAUGAAGAAACUGGAAAAUAAAGACAUUUCCCUUGUUCACAGCAUGAUUCCACUGGGAUCCUGCACCAUGAAACUGAACAGUUCGUCUGAACUCGCACCUAUCACAUGGAAAGAAUUUGCAAACGUCCACCCCUUUGUGCCUCUGGACCAAGCUCAAGGAUAUCAGCAGCUUUUCCGAGAGCUUGAGAAGGAUUUGUGUGAACUCACAGGUUAUGACCAGAUCUGUUUCCAGCCAAACAGAUUUAUAUUCUGUAUUAUCUGCAUUGACCUGACCCAUGAAAGAGACAUAGACCCUGACUGGAGAGAAGGGCCCUGCACUGAAAAUGCUGUUAUUGACCCAGAUGCCAGUUGGCCCCGAAUGCUGGUAACUGUCAGAGAUGCCACUAUGCCUCUGGCCUGCAUCUGGAUUUCUCUGCGCGUGGCCCUGCUGGCUCAGCCUCAUCCUUGCUGCUGCGUCUUUCCGCGCCGUCUUCUUAUCCAGGGCGUUUCUGUGUUAUGCGAAUAG